AUGCUCAAAAAUUCAUUAAAUUUCCUACCAAUUUCGUUGAUAUUUUUAAGUUUCACGAAAUAUAUUGAUGUGGCGCCGAGACCAGCGACCUACCGGCUGAUGAGGGUACAAAAUGGUGUGAUCAACAACAUAACCGAAGAAAAUUACACAACUAUUUUCUUCGAAAUGUUGGACAGCAGAAUUUACAACCUAACAUCAGUGGACGUGAGUGAACCACAAUUCAGGUGCGUUCCUACUCCGACCAAGUGCAUCUACAUCUGCCAUUUUUUGACAAAUUGCGUCAAAGUCUUCGUGAGUUGGGCCAAGGGUUUGUGCUUCUUGCUGAGCGGAGGUAAGGGCGACUUAACCAUUCCCAAAUCCGAUCAGAAAGUUUUUUUUCAGAUCUACCAUGAUCAAACUAAUCCCAGUCAUAAAAAAAAUAGAUUAUUUUGUUCCAUUUUAACAUUUGCAACUUGA